AUGUCAAAUAAGGAAAGUUUGGAAACCAGAGUGUCUCGGUUUCUCUUCAAAUACCGUAUCACGCCACACUCAACCACAGGGAUAGCGCCAACGGAAAUGCUUAUGAGCAGAAAACCAAGAUCUCGCUUGGACGUACUACAUCCUGAUGUAAGACAAAGAGUACAGAACCAACAGAAGAAGCAGAAAGAGUUACACGAUCAACAUGCAGUGGAUCGACAAUUACGACCAGGUGACUUAGUAUAUUCGAGAGAAUUUGGAAAACAACAAAAGUGGUGUCCAGGAGUUAUCAACACACAAACCAGGCCAGUUUCUUAUACCAUACAGUUGGAAGACGACCGGGCAGUUCAUCGUCAUCAAGAUCAGGUGAUUCAAAGAGAUUUACCCGAAGAAAACGAAAACGACGCCAUGGAUCCAGAUCUCAACGAGCAACCCGUUCCAGACCAACAAGUGGUUAGCGAAGAAAAUGCAGUCCCAGCAACCCGAUAUCCGCAAAGAGAUAGACAGACACCGGACUAUUAUUCGUGA